AAAUGUUAUUUCAGUAUCUCUGGCUUUCGUUAUCAUCGGAGACUUCACUCAGGAGAAAGGCCUUAUGAGUGCAGCGAAUGUGGGAAAUCUUUUUCAAGGAUCUAUUACCUUCGUUAUCAUCAGAGAGUUCACACUGGAGAAAGACCUUAUGAGUGUCGUGAAUGUGGGAAAUCUUUUACAAGUCGCACUGGCCUCCGUUAUCAUCAGCGAUUUCACACAGGAGAAAGGCCUUAUGAGUGCAGUGAAUGUGGGAAAUCUUUUACCUGUAGCAGUGGUCUCCGCUGUCAUCAGAGAGUUCACACUGGAGAAAGGCCUUAUGAAUGCAGUGAAUGUGGGAAAUCUUUUGCAAGUAGCACUGUACUUCGUUGUCAUAAGAGAGUUCACACUGGAGAAAGGCCUUAUGAGUGCCAUGAAUGUGGGAAAUCUUUUACAAGUAGCAAUGGCCUCCGUUAUCAUCAGCGAUUUCACACUGGAGAAAGGCCUUAUGAGUGCAAUAAAUGUGGGAAAUUUUUUACUGGGAUCCAAGGUCUUCGUAAUCAUCAGAGAGUUCACACUGGAGAAAAGCCUUAUGAGUGCCAUGAAUGUGGGAAAUCUUUUGCAAGUACCACUGUCCUCCGUUGUCAUCAGAGAGUUCACACUAGAGAAAGGCCUUUUGAAUGUCGUGAAUGUGGAAAAUCGUUUACAAGUAGCACUGGCCUUCGUUAUCAUCAGAGAUUUCACACUGGAGAAAGGCCUUUUGAGUGCCAUCAAUGUGGGAAAUUUUUUACCAGUAGAAAUGGCCUUCGUUAUCAUCAGAGAGUUCACACGGGAGAAAAGCCUUAUGAGUGCCAUCAAUGUGGGAAAUCUUUUACCAGCAGCAAUGGCCUUCUAUGUCAUCAGAGACUUCACACUGGAGAAAGGCCUUAUGAGUGCAGUCAAUGUGGGAAAUGUUUUACCAGGAGCCAUAGUCUUUCUUAUCACCAGAGAGUUCACACUAAAGAAAGAACAUAGGAGUGUAGUUAAUGUGGGGAAUCUUUUAGCUAAACUUUUACCCUCCUUCCGCACAUAGGAGUUUACAUGGGAGGAAGGUCAUAGACGUGUAGGAAAUGUAAAGUUUUUUAGUUCAGUCUUAAUAGUACUGUAGGAAACACUGAAGUUUUGUUUGUCUGAAUUGAAUCUCAUACAUCCAAACGUCAACAGUAAGGACGCUUCCCAUUAGUUUAUUUUGUGGGAAGCAUGUGUAUCCAUGUUGCACUUUCUAAUUUAGCCAGGUGUCUCACCAUAUCUGUGUGACUGCAUGUUUUUGUUGCAUAAGUUAUUUCACGUGUACUACCUAUUAGAUAUCCACACAUUGCAUCAGUCACCAUCCUAAUGUGCUCAGAUAAGCUGUGUUCUCUGAUUUUCGGAGAAAAUUAUUAAUAGCCUACAUUUUUAGGAGGUCUUCCAUUUCUUUCACUCUCAGUACUUGGUACAUGGAUCUGACUCGUCCCCAGAGAACAUCACCUGAGUUCAGCUAGCAGCUUGCAGAAUAACUGCCUUUUUCAGAGACAGGCUUUUUCUAGAUGCCAGUGAUGAACCUUUUUAGUGUCCAAGUCACCAAUGUAAGAACUUUUGGACUCAUGUCUUUUUGGUUUGUAAAAUAAUGAAGGCCUUUUUUCUAAGUUUUUUUUUUACUCUUUGGUAUUCCAUUUGCUGUGUGGGCUAGUUUAUAAGCAGAUCUAGUCUCCCCAAGCAGGAGGAAGUGAACUUUUUCAGGGUCUUAAAAGUUCCUCUGUUCCAGAAAUUAGCAGUUUUUGCCAAAUUUGCAUUGCUGCUU